GUGCUGCCCGGUUGGGCCCAGAAAUGGGAUGUCAGGCCUCCGAAAGGAGCACAGUGGAAGCGAGGGCCUCGAGCGGCUGCUGUGACGGCCAGUGAGUGAGCUGCGGAGGAUGUCCACCACGACGACAGUCGCCCCUGCGGGGAUCCCGGCAGCCCCGGGCCCGGUGAACCCACCCCCGCCGGAGGUCUCCAACCCCGCUAAGCCCGGCCGCAAGACCAACCAGCUGCAGUACAUGCAGAAUGUGGUGGUGAAGACGCUCUGGAAACACCAGUUUGCUUGGCCCUUCUACCAGCCCGUGGACGCAAUCAAGCUAAACCUGCCUGAUUAUCAUAAAAUCAUAAAAAACCCAAUGGAUAUGGGGACUAUUAAGAAGAGACUAGAAAAUAAUUAUUACUGGAGCGCGAGCGAAUGUAUGCAGGACUUCAACACCAUGUUUACAAAUUGUUACAUUUAUAACAAGCCCACAGAUGACAUAGUGCUAAUGGCCCAAGCCUUAGAGAAAAUUUUUCUGCAGAAAGUGGCCCAGAUGCCCCAGGAGGAAGUUGAAUUAUUACCCCCUGCUCCAAAGGGCAAAGGCCGGAAACCGGCUGCAGGAACCCAGAGUGCAGGUACACAGCAGGUGGCGGCUGUGUCCUCUGUCUCCCCAGCAACCCCCUUCCAGAGCGUCCCCCCCACUGUCUCCCAGACGCCUGUCAUUGCUGCCACCCCAGUGCCAACCAUCACUGCAAACAUCACGUCGGUCCCCGUUGCCCCGGCUGCUGCCCCACCUCCUCCCUCGACGCCCAUCAUCCCUGUGGUCCCUCCCACACCACCUGUAGUCAAGAAAAAGGGUGUGAAGCGGAAAGCAGACACCACGACGCCCACGACGUCCGCCAUCACUGCCAGCCGGAGCGAGUCGCCCCCGCCACUGUCAGACCCCAAGCAGGCCAAGGUGGUGGCACGGCGGGAGAGCGGGGGCCGCCCCAUUAAGCCGCCCAAGAAGGACCUGGAGGACGGCGAGGUGCCGCAGCACGCGGGCAAGAAGGGCAAGCUGUCGGAGCACCUGCGGCACUGUGACAGCAUCCUCAAGGAGAUGCUGUCCAAGAAGCACGCGGCCUACGCCUGGCCCUUCUACAAGCCGGUGGACGCCGAGGCCCUGGAGCUGCACGACUACCACGACAUCAUCAAGCACCCGAUGGACCUCAGCACCGUCAAGAAGAAGAUGGACAGCCGUGAGUACCCAGACGCGCAGGGCUUUGCCGCCGACAUCCGGUUAAUGUUCUCCAACUGCUACAAAUACAACCCCCCAGACCACGAGGUGGUGGCCAUGGCCAGGAAGCUCCAGGACGUGUUUGAGAUGCGGUUUGCCAAGAUGCCGGAUGAGCCAGUGGAGGCACCGGCUCUGCCUGCCCCCGCGGCCCCCGUGCUGAGCAAGGGCGCCGAGAGCAGCCGCAGCAGUGAGGAGAGCUCCUCGGACUCGGGCAGCUCGGACUCCGAGGAGGAGCGGGCCACCCGGCUGGCCGAGCUGCAGGAACAGCUGAAGGCUGUGCACGAGCAGCUGGCCGCCCUGUCGCAGGCCCCGGUGAACAAGCCAAAGAGGAAGAAGGAGAAGAAGGAGAAGGAGAAGAAGAAGAAGGACAAGGACAAGGACAAGGAGAGGCACAAGACAAAGUCCGAGGACGAGAAGAAGGCCAAGGUGGCCCCACCCGCCAAGCAGGCCCAACCGAAGAAGGCUCCCACCAAGAAGGCCAGUAGCACGGCCACGGCCAGCAGGCAGCCGAAGAAGGGUGGCAAGCAGGCAUCAGCCUCCUACGACUCGGAGGAGGAGGAAGAGGGCCUGCCCAUGAGCUACGACGAGAAGCGCCAGCUCAGCCUGGACAUCAACCGGCUGCCUGGGGAGAAGCUGGGCCGGGUGGUACACAUCAUCCAGUCCCGGGAGCCCUCGCUCAGGGACUCCAAUCCUGAUGAGAUAGAGAUUGACUUUGAGACUCUGAAACCCACCACUUUGCGGGAGCUAGAGAGAUACGUCAAGUCUUGUUUACAGAAGAAGCAAAGGAAGCCAUUGUCCACGAGCGGGAAGAAGCAGGCGGCCAAGUCGAAGGAGGAGUUAGCUCAGGAAAAGAAGAAGGAGUUAGAGAAGCGGCUGCAGGACGUCAGCGGGCAGCUGAACAACAACAAGAAGCCCGCCAAGAAAGAGAAAGCGGGCUCCGCGCCCUCGGGCGGCCCGUCCCGACUCAGCAGCAGCAGCUCCUCCGGCUCUGGGAGCAGCAGCUCCAGUGGGUCCAGCUCCGACAGCAGCGACUCGGAAUGAGCCCUGGACGCGGAGCAGAACCCGGCCAGCGAUGUCGCCCACGCCCAGACUGCAGUGUUCCCUCCGAUGGUUAAUAUACUGCUUUCCUUCCACGCUGUGCAGGUUUCCUUGUUAACCCAGUGUUAUGGUAUCUUCCAGUUUUUGCUUUAAUAGGUCAGAGCUCUUUCUCGUGUGUCCGUGAGGCUUUAUGAGGAGGUGCGAGCCCACAUAAAGUCUUUUCUUCGUAACUGAGUCCAGUUGCUUGGAGAUGGCAACUUCCAGCGCUGACCUGAUGACCGUAGAAAAACAGUGUCAGAUGUGAUCUGAAGUCUCUUAGGCCCGACCUGGUCUGUAGCUCCAGAAGGAAUUGUUGGAAAGGAAGUUUCUCUGAGAUGGUACUGUACUGAAGGCUGUCAGCUUUGCCAACAGGCCUUGUCUCUGUCCCUCGACUCCGAGCUCAGCCCCGAGGCCGGCCGGCUCGCCUCUUGCUGCGGGGGGGCCGCGGGGGGUUGCGGUGCGGCCACGGGCUCCAGUCUGGGCUU